UUUCUUUUCUUUUUUUGGUGGUGAAUCGCACGUUGAAUAUCAUGUUACAAUUUGAGCAUCCCAUUCAUUGAGAAGACAAUUGAAUCUUGUCAAAGCGACGCCGGAUCCAGCAGUUUCAAGUGCUCCCCUGGAGCUUGGCCGGUCGCCGGAUUCUAAGGUAAAGCGUUAGUCGAUAUUGUCUGAGGGCAUAGCGUUAAUUGGAGAUGGGGUUCUUGGUGACUACGCUAAUCUUCCUUGUUGUUGGGAUUAUUGCAUCACUCUGCACCAGAAUCUGCUGCAACAGAGGGCCCUCCGCGAAUCUGUUACACCUGACAUUGAUUAUUACAGCAACGGUGUGCUGUUGGAUGAUGUGGGCAAUUGUGUACCUGUCACAGAUGAAACCUCUAAUUGUUCCCAUUUUGAAUGAAUCGGAAUGAUAUUUCUAUGGGAAGCAUGUGCAAGCAAGCCUGUUUCAGAGCUACAUUAUUGAUUGUGGGUGGAGAAUCAAAGAGCAAUCAAUAACAUCUUUGGGUAUAUAGUACCCAGAAUCCUUUUGUCAGAUUUGUAUGUAAUUUUCAACUAUUUAAAAAUUAUUCUCAAAAUUGUGCUCCAUUUUCUCUGUGCUCUGUAAAACCCAUUUUCCUAUCUCUUAUUCAUUUUUGAAGGAUGACAUCUUAA